CUCCACGAAAGCUGACGAGAAUGUCGGUGGUGAUGGGAUGCUGGAAAGUGAACUGAGGCAUCGGGGAAGUGUACAGUCUGUUACAAAGCUCAUCUACCCUCAUAUUUAUGCAGUACCUCCUGGCAUUGACUUUUAAGAAAGCCUUUUCGAGAGCAGGCAUAUAUUUAUGCGACAAAGGACUAAAUAGAGGAAAUAUUGAACUCUUCAAAGAACCAUUGUGAAGUCCAUUUGUGAAGUGCCCAGAAUACCGUACUAAUACAGAGCUGCCUUGCCAUUCCAUGAGCAAAUAGCCACCUAUCUUUGAGAGGAUUGGGAUUAAAGAUUGUACUUUGAAAAGGAAGUCGUCUAUUAACUGCUGAUUGUAUGAGAGGCUUGUUUACCCUUGGGAAUUGAAGAUGAUGUUGCUAUGGAAACUGCUGUUACUACAAUCAUUCAUUGGCUGCCUUGCAGAGAAUGGCAAACCACAUGGGCCAGUUUUUCUCCAUGAGCCUAAUGACACUGUGUUUCCUGUGGAUUCUGAAGAAAAGAAAGCAACGCUGAACUGUGAAGCAACAGGGAAUCCAACACCACAUUACAGAUGGCAAAGGAAUGGCUCGGACAUUGACAUAAGCCUCAGUUACCGCUAUAGUUUGGUGGGUGGCAAUCUCAUCAUCACUAACCCAGACAGGGCCCAGGAUUAUGGAACUUAUCAGUGCUUCGCAACAAAUUUGUUUGGCACGAUCAUGAGCAAAGCAGCCAAGUUUGAAUUUGCAUAUCUUGAAAGCUUCAAAGGAAAAUCAAGAAAUAAUGUGUCUGUCCGAGAGGGACAAGGAGUUGUGUUGCUUUGUGGCCCUCCAGCACAUUCUACAGAACUAAAAUACACUUGGAUAUUUAAUCAGUUUCCAACCUUUGUGGAACAAGAUAAUCGUCGCUUUGUGUCUCAAAAAACUGGAAACUUAUACAUAUCAAAAGUGGAGGUAUCAGAUGUUGGUUCCUACAUCUGUGAGAUAGAGAAUACAGUUACUAAUAAGAGAGUUCUGAGCCCACCUACCCCUCUGGUACUGCGCAGUGAUGGGGUGAUGGGUGAAUAUGAGCCAAAGAUUGAAGUUCGUUUCCCAGAAACAGUCUUUGCAGCUAGAGGAUCAACAGUGAAGCUGGAAUGCUUUGCACUGGGAAAUCCGGUCCCGACUAUUAGCUGGAGAAGAAUUGGCAGCUCCUUCUCUGACAAAAUCAAAGUGAACAAAACAUACGGUGUUCUUGAAAUCACAAACUUCCAGCAGAAGGAUUCCGGUACAUAUGAAUGCACUGCUGAAAAUUCAAGAGGAAAGAACACUGCGAGAGGACAAUUGGUGUUUUAUGCACGGCCUAACUGGAUUCGAAACUUAACUGAUGCUUACGUGCCUAUUGGAGAAAGUCUGCAAUGGAAUUGUAAGGCAAGUGGAGAGCCAAAACCUUCUCAUAGAUGGCUGAAGAAUGGUAAACCCCUUAUAACAGAGGAAAGAAUUCAAGUUGAAAAGGGAACACUUUUUAUUCGCGCUGUUAACUUGUCAGAUUCUGGCAUGUAUCAGUGUGUGGCUGAAAACAAACAUGGAGUAAUUUAUGUCAGUGCUGAGCUUCGGGUUAUGGCAUCAGCUCCCGAUUUUUCAAUGAGCCCCUUGAAGAAAUUAAUACCUGUCCGCAUAGGUGGUGAGGUCAUCAUUGAAUGCAAACCAAAAGCUUCCCCGAGAGCAACAUUGUCGUGGAUGAAAGGAAAUGAAGUUCUGCAGGAAAAUGAAAGGAUUACUCUGAAAGAUGGACGUCUACGAAUAGUUAAUGUAACGAAGAAGGAUGAUGGACGCUACACUUGUAUUGCUUGGAACCAUUUUGGAUCAGCCAACAGCACAGGAACAAUAAUGGUGAAAGACCCAACAAGAAUUACCACACCACCGUCAGACAUGGAUGUCACUGUGGGUGAAAGUACAAUCUUGCCGUGCCAAGUCUCCCAUGAUCCUUCAUUGAGUGUUGAAUUCUCGUGGUCAUUUAAUGGUCAACUUAUAGACUUCAGAAGAGAUAGAGAUCAUUUUGAAAAUGUCGGAGGGCAGGGAUACUCUGGUGAUUUGAUGAUCAGAAAUAUUCAGCUUAAACAUGCUGGUAGAUUUGUUUGCAUGGUCCAGACCACUGUCGACAGUGCAUCAGCUGGAGCUUAUCUGAUUGUGAGAGUUCCACCAGGCCCACCAGGGGGUGUGAUAGUGGAGGAGAUUACAGAUACCACGGCUCAGCUGUCCUGGAGCCCUGGAAUUGACAAUCACAGCCCAAUUUCCACGUACACGAUACAGGCACGGACUCCCUUCUCAGUGGGUUGGCAAGCUGUUAAAACAGUUCCUGAGGUCAUUGAUGGCGAUGCUGUAACAGCAACAGUGAUCGAUUUAAGCCCCUGGGUAGAAUAUGAAUUCAGAGUUGUCGCUAGUAACAGUAUUGGCAUUGGGGAACCGAGCUUACCAUCUGCAAAAUCAAGAACAGAAGAAGCCCUUCCUGACAUGGGUCCAGCAAAUGUUAGCGGCGGAGGUGGCAGUCGCUCUGAACUGGUCAUAACUUGGGAGCCUGUGCCUGAAGAGUUACAAAAUGGUGAAGGCUUUGGAUAUGUUGUCGCUUUCCGACUGUUGGGAACGACAAGCUGGAUGAAGGCAGCAGUAACCUCGGCAGACGCAUCAAGAUACGUGUUUAGGAAUGAAAGUGUGCCACCUUUCUGUCCUUAUGAAGUAAAAGUCGGAGUCUACAAUAACAAAGGCGAAGGCCCUUACAGCCCAGUAGUCAUUAUAUAUUCAGCUGAAGAGGAACCCACUGCAGCACCAUUCAACGUCUCAGCCAGAAGUCUGUCAGCUUCAGAAGUACAAGUUUUCUGGGAAGCUGUGCCUUGGGAGACCAGCAAAGGAAAAGUGCGAGGUUAUGAGAUUUGGUAUUGGGCAGAUGAUGAGAAUGAAGAGACAGCAGAUAAACUGAGAUCAAAUGGAAACAUUACUUCAGCAAAGGUCACGGGAUUGAAGGGCAGCACACUGUAUUACCUGAUGGUUAAAGCAUACAGCAGUGCUGGAACUGGACCUGCUAGCUCUCCAGUUAAUGUCACAACUCGGAAACCACCACCAAGUCAAGCACCUGGAAAAAUAUGGUGGGAAUCAGCCAGUUCCAGAGUUGUUUUAAACUGGGAUCAUGUCAAAGCUAUGGAAAAUGAAUCAGAAGUGACAGGAUAUAAAGUUUUGUACAGAAAUAACAGACAAAGCAGUACAAAGGUGAUAGAAACCAACAACACAUCAGUGGAGCUUCUACUUCCCGAUGAUGCUGAUUAUAUCAUUGAAGUGAAGACGUUCAGUGACGGUGGUGACGGAAUCAGCAGCGCUCAAAUCAGAAUCCCCCGAAUGUCAUAUCCAGAUGGUGGAAGAUCUGGAACUUCAGCAUCAAAUGCCUGCACGCUAUCAGCCUUUAGCACUAUAGUGCUGUCCCUGUCAGCUAGAUCAGCAUUAUGGUGAAAGCAUACUGACCUACCUAACACCAUAUAAUCAGUCAACAAUCUAAAGACUAAUGAGUAAAUCUGCAAAUUUUGCUAGUGUGCAUUUAAUAACUCACCAAUGUUAUCUUUUCCUAUAAGUCUUUAUUACUGUAUGCCUUGUCAUUUCAAAUUUAUGUGGACAUACCUAUAAUUACAAAUACAAUUCACCCAACAAAUUAAGUUGAGAGAUAUGUUCUUUGCCUGAGGUUUCCUUUGGAUUUUUCAAAUGCACUAAAGUCAACAUCUGAAAAACAUCAGAGACAUGAUGUCACCAAAGCGUGCAAUCUAAUAAUUGCAUAUAAUGUACAGAUGGUUAUAUUUAUACAUGUGAAAUGUUCAAUAUUUUCAAAGUUAUGAUUUAACACAAUUUGUUGAUGUUAUUUGGAAUGUGUGGUAGCUUUUUAACAUUGUAAUACAAUUUUCAAACCUGUCACCUAUACCUGAAUUCACUGUUGCUUGUACUAAAAUAGGAGACUUAACCAGAUAACAUUGGCACAAUAGCUAUACCUUAAAUAACAAAGGUUUCUCUGAAUUAUCCAGGUGCAGUCAUAACAAAUGAAAAGUAAAAUAUAUGUAUUUAUUUCCACAUUUCACAUCACCUUCUAACUUUUUAUUAUUUGAAAUACCUUUAUUUUUGCUGCAGUAAGCAAGACAGAACCUGGAUUUUCAAGUGUAUUCUAAUGUAGUUGGAACCAAUGAAAUUAAAUUAAAUUUAAUGAUGAGAAAGCCUAAAAUUAAUUAGUAGGUAUGCAUUGGUGUAAUUGUAAUAUGCAGCAUAUUUACAAAGUUGAUGACAUGGUGGAGGGAUUGCGGGCUGGGGCAAGAAACAAGUCAACAAAUCAAAAAGGUAAAUGAUAUCAAAAUCUGUGAUGUCGCAUGUGAAGGUGCAUUUACAUUGCUGUUAAAUUAAUGUACAUAAAGUCUGACAGUGCAUAUUUGUAAAUAUAUGUCAGGAGCAACAUCACUUUACAAGAAGCUCUGUGACUAGAAUAGUUGUAAAGGUGAGCUGAAGUCGGUUUGUUUACCAAAUUAAAUCUGUAUUGUUGUUCUAGUA